GGAAAAGUAGAGGAUCAUGCGUGGAUGGAUGACUUCUACAGAUGUCUGCCUGCUCAAGACAAGCUGGAACCAGAUUACAUCAGAGUCGAAAGUUCCGCAGUGAAGGUGGCAUUGGCAAUGCUGAUUGCGACCAUUGGACUGAUGCUGGUCAUUACACUGGUAAAAUACGUGACGAGGAAGAACCAACCUCCCAAAACGGCUCAGCAAAGGAGAUGACCACGUGGUCUGGCCUCUACAGAUUCUCAAGGGCAGAGAUCGAAAAUGCAAUUAACUACCGUAAUGAAAAGAAAUGCCUUGGCCGAGGAAGUGCAGGCCGGGUCUACAAAGGCGUCUUGCCAAGUGGACAAGCUGUAGCUGUAAAACACAUAUACAAGAGCAACACAUCCGACUCUUUCAGGAGGGAAGUCGAAGGUCUUUCGAGGGUUCGACAUCCAAAUUUAGUAUGUCUCUUCGGCUACUGCAUCGAAGAUGGCGAGCAGUACCUGGUCUACGAAUAUUGUCCUGCCGGAAAUCUAGCUUAUCAUUUACGAAGUACAUCCGGAUCCACUUCAUUCCUACCUCUUAUCAGUUUUUUAUUCUUCAUAAGAAAAAAAGGAGAA